AUGACAAAAGCAGUUUCAACAGUUUUAUUUUUAUUUUCGUGCUGUCAUCAUGCACUGCAGUUAAACCCUUUGCCCGACUUCAUACACCCGUGCGACGAUCUAAAUGACGAGUGCUUGACAAAAGCCGUCUUGGAUGCUAUACCGGGUGUAGUGAAAGGUAUCCCCGAGGCCGAAAUCCCGCCUUUGGAUCCCCUGUACUUAGAUCGGAACAUCACUAUGGACCUUCCCGGAAACGUGAAGAUGACAUUCCACAACGGAAAGCUCACUGGUUUAAGCACAUGUAUUCCUAACAAAGUAUCCUCUAUUCGUGAGACACGCACUUUCGUGUUCGACAUCCGAUGCAACUUCACUAUCAGAGGCCACUACAGUAUUGUCGGAAGGAUCCUGCUCUUCAACCUCGAUACUGAUGGGCACGCUAAGAUUAAAAUUUGGAACCAGCACAUCCACCUAGAAGUCCUGGAGAAAGUUGUGAUGAACGACAAAGGCGAAGGACACUACAAGAUCAACUCCUACAAAUACAAUGCUGACUACGGAACAGACCUGAAAAUGAAUUUGACAAAUCUUUUUAGAGGGAGCCCAGAAAUCAGUGCAAAUGUACUAAACGUGCUGAAUUCCAACUCACAACUCGUCGCGCAAGAGUUCGGGGGUCCAAUCCUCAACUAUGCUAUAGACUAUGCAAUGAACGUUACUCAACGUUUCUUCGACACCUACACAUACGAUCAGCUCACCCACGUUGCGCUCACCGAAGAUUUCUUUGAAGAUAAUUAA